AUGACAGUGAUGAAUACAGGUGUCAGACAGGUCUAUCAAUACCAAGUGACCCAGUACAGCUGGAAAUCCACUGAGCAGGCAACCCUCUCCCCAUCAACUUUUCCUUUAGAACUAUUUCCAGCUCCAGUACUGAGAGCAUCCUUGUCAUUAUCCCUUCUAGAGGGGAAUCUGGUCAACCUGAGCUGUGAAACAAAGUUGCUCCCACAGAGGUCUGGCUUGCAGCUUUACUUCUUCUUCAUGGGCAGCAAGACUCUCAUAAGCAGGAACACAUCCUCUGAAUACCAGAUACUCACUGCUAAAAGAGAAGAUUCUGAGUCAUACUGGUGUGAGGCUGCCACAGAAGAUGGAAAUGUCAUCAAGCACAGGCCUGAGUUGGAGUUUCAAGUGUGUGUGGGAACAACAUUUUUGGUAGACACUGUGUUCUGUAUGGAACUCAAAGAAAGAAAAAGAAAGAAAAAGUGGAAUUUACAAAUCUCUUUGGACUCUGGUCAUGGGAAGAAGGUAACUUCCUACCAUCAAAAAGAUAGACUAGAAGAAGAGCUGAAGCGUCAGGACCAAGAACAGCUGUAGGAGGAGACACACCAGAGGAAGCACCAGGAGGGAGGUAGCACUGCAGUUCAUUGGGAGCCCACAGAGCUAGGCAGUCCCUACCCCUUCGUGUCUGGCACUGGGCACAACUGCCAUGAAGCUAAAGGACGCUAAAGCUGUGAGUUCCAUGGCACCUAAUCCUCAAGUAAAGCAAAUAAAUGAGCUGACUUCAAUGGAGAUAAACUUGGAAAUUUGGUAAUCUGAGAAAACUUGAACCUAUUCUAAAGAAAUCUGCGUGUGUAUAUAUAAGAGUUUAAAAUACUGAAUGAGAGAAAGGCCAGGAAGGAGACAAGAGAGAGUAGCAUAGAUCCAAAGAAGGGAACGCAGUUUGCAAAUGGUUUAUGAGAAAUUUUGGAUGAGAGUGAUCAUGCCUCUGCGGUGCUCAGGAUGGUGACCUCAUGGCUUUUCUCUCUUAGCACACUAGCAGGGUUUGUGGCCACAAAGCUUGCAGAGACACAAGGGAGUCCCUCAUGAUGAGGAGUGGGUACAUUAUUUUUGCCCUUUCAUUUGAGGCUUUCACAUAACCUCUCUGUGCCCAGAGACACCAGGGGUCCUGCCUGUCUGUCCCAGUCCCCUGCCCUACAGGAACGUAGGAUGUAGCCAUUGCUUUUCCUCAUAACUUAAGCACAGUUCUCCAAGCAUGGUACUGCAAGGAGAAGCUUCAAGUAGGAAUGUUAUUUUAAGGCUUCAACUCUUACCUCCAGAGAUUUGCUUUCACUGUCCUGUUUUCGGAUGAUUACAAAAUAGCUUCAAGAUAUACUACUCUCCCAGCUGGGCUCUAGUUUGGAGACAAUUUUCCUGUUACUCUAUAACACAACUGAGAUAAAACUGAAGUAUAUGAAUAAGAUUUUACUAAAGCUUAGAAAAAAACAAAAGGGGUCUGAACAAGCCUAGCAACAUAAUUCUAUAUUAUUUGGUCUAAAAAAAAAUGUAGCCCAACUGCCAAACCAGCAAGCAUCUCUGCCUAGCCUCUGUCCUGGCUCUGCACAGCAGGGUUUACCUGUAACACACACCACCUAGAAGCACUCUCAAGGAAUUUGGGACUUGUAGCAGAUGGAAAAGCAGCUUGGCCCACUGCCUUCCUAGCCUGUGGACAAUGAGAAUGUUCUUCUUCUCCCUUUUGCCUUCAGAAAGUACAGUAAUGAUUAUCUCAAUAGAAGUACAACAAUGUCAACAUUUGUGUUAAAAGAAAUGGUCAUAUAUAAUAGCAGGAGUUUCACUGAUUACACGUAAUGUUUGGUCCUGUGGACUGGGGAAACAGAAAAUGAGGGAAAUUGCAUGGAAUGAGUUCCAUAGGAAAGAGACCCAAAGACGUUCUGUAGAGUGACCACAGCAUGAAUUGGAAAUUGAAUUCAGAGGGAAUUAGGAAUGAAAGCAGAAAAUUACAUUCACACUCAAAGGAGAGAGCUCUGUCUAUCCUCAAAGGGUGGACAGAAUUUCAAGGAAAAGUCUCCCUGGUGGCAGAAGGUGAGGAUACAGACAGAACUCUAUGACUUGUGGUGAAGCUGGCCUUCCUCACUCUCCUCUUUUGCACUCCUUUCCAGAUUUUUCCAUGCUUAUAUCUUUGUCACAAUUUUUCUCAUAUGUACUUUAAUGCUUAAAUAAAUCAACUAUUUAAUUGACCAACUCUCAGGGGUGACCAGGCCUGCCUCAGAUGCAGAGAGCAGCCUCACCCAAGUACCUUUCCCAGGUGGCCUACGUGUGGUACCUGAGCAAGGCAGGAUACAAGGCAUUUCUGUCAUAUGUGGGACACUCUGACACACCGACCUCAAUCCAGGGAACCCUACUGGGUUGACCAAGGUUUUGUUGGGUGUGUGCUGCAAUUCAGCUUCUUCCUCUGCUCAGCCUUGCUCUCUUCCCCC